GUCUGCUCCGGGGUGUUUGAACAGGAAGGCGGACAUGUUGGGCGCUCUGUUCAUUAUUAUUAAUAUUAAAAAUAAUCUGGAUCCUCCGCGCGGUCAGAGAGCGGCUCUGCUGCAGCUGAAGAACCCGCUGGAUUAUAUGAGAGAUCAGUGAUCCGGGGAUUAAUCACUGUAACCGAGCGCGGGGAACUUUCUCUCUGCUUUUAAACUGGACCGACUUUUACUAACUUAUCUCCUCCGGUUCCCCCGGCCCGGGCUGCGGUUCUCCCGUCGCCCCGCGGUUCUGUGUUUACGGGAGUUUAUGCGGAUUGUUAACUCGGAGUUUUGGGUGUUUUCCUCUUCAGAACAUCCUGUAUGUACUCUGACUUAUUUACAGAGCCGGGCCUGGAGCGGCCAGAGCGGCUGAUUGGGCUAAUUUAAUGGGCAAGUUGCAACUUCUGUCCACUUAUUUUUGAUUCAGUUCGCCGAUUAUAAGCGAAGCCUCGAAGUUUAAUCGAGUCGUUAGCUGAUUAAUGUUGUAUUUCUUCUUUUUAUAAACGUUAACUAACUUAAUUAACGAACGUGUGAUCUAUUUUCUACCUAUCUAGACAGAGAGAGUUAAGCUAAGAUAGCUAAGCUAACUAGUUACAACUUUUUCUGAACACUUAUUUUGAUAACCUAACGCGACAGUUGAUACGUCGACUAUAAGCGAAGCUUCGUAACGUUAGUUAAAUCGAUUAAUUGACUUAGCUGAUUAACAUUAAUUUCUCAUUUGACGUUAUUAAAUAGCUAACCUAUGUGGCGUCUCUUUUUCUCUCUAGACACAGCAUCAAUCUUAAGUUUAGUCACUUCGUUAAUUAGCUAAAAGCUAACUAGCUUAGCCAUAUUUUCUUCUCUUCAUGCACUUAAGCUACAGUAUUAGUUAACCUAUAUUAUUAGCUAGUUGGCUAACCUAGCGUUAACUAAACUAAACUAUGUGAGCUCUCAUGUAGUUAGCUAGCUAACUAUAGAAAUUAGCUAUAAUAGUAGCUAAUUUUCUCAUUUUCGCUCUUUCCCACCAACUUGUCAUGGACUAAGAAGAAACUUCACCGCCUCAACUUUGUGUGUGAUCGUCUAAAAAUGUGGAUUUUCAUCAUCUGUCCCACUUUUAUGAGUGAAAAAACCAAAAGACACAAAACGUCUCUUUGAUAGCUGGCUAUAAUAAAACUACACAGGACUGAUUAAAGUUAGCUAACUAGCUAACUGGCUGGAUUCAGAGACAGAGCUAGCCAGCUAACUCAAAGUUAGCAGCUCUAAAACACGGAUUUUAUCAACAUUUAUCCCUUAUAAGCUCAUAAUCAGCACGGGAAGAGCUGCAGAAGAUGUCUUCUGCGGAGAAUUUGACGGCUCGGUUCGAGAAAAUCGAUGCCAUGCUGAAGGACCCGAAAUCCGAGAUCAACACCGACUGCCUUCUGGACGGUUUGGACGCUCUGGUCUAUGACCUGGAUUUCCCCGCCCUGAGGAAGAACAAAAGCAUCGACAACUUCUUAAGCAGAUAUAAGGAUACGAUCAGUAAAAUACGAGAUCUGCGUAUGAAAGCGGAGGACUAUGAGGUGGUUAAGGUCAUCGGGAGAGGAGCGUUCGGAGAAGUUCAACUGGUGAGACAUAAAGCCACCAGGAAAGUUUACGCUAUGAAGCUUCUCAGUAAGUUUGAGAUGAUUAAGAGAUCAGAUUCUGCUUUCUUCUGGGAGGAGAGGGACAUUAUGGCCUUCGCUAACAGCUCAUGGGUCGUACAGCUGUUCUACGCGUUCCAGGACGACCGCUACCUCUACAUGGUGAUGGAGUACAUGCCGGGCGGUGAUCUGGUUAAUCUGAUGAGUAAUUACGACGUCCCGGAAAAAUGGGCUCGGUUCUACACGGCCGAGGUGGUGCUGGCGCUGGACGGGAUUCACGCCAUGGGAUUUAUACACAGGGAUGUGAAACCCGACAACAUGUUGCUGGAUAAAUCAGGCCACUUGAAGCUGGCGGACUUUGGCACCUGUAUGAAGAUGAAUAAGGACGGUAUGGUACGAUGUGACACGGCGGUGGGAACUCCAGACUACAUUUCUCCAGAGGUACUGAAGUCUCAGGGUGGAGACGGAUACUACGGCCGAGAGUGCGACUGGUGGUCCGUCGGGGUCUUCCUGUAUGAAAUGCUUGUUGGUGACACGCCGUUCUACGCUGAUUCGCUGGUGGGAACCUACAGUAAAAUCAUGAACCACAAGAACGCCCUGACCUUUCCCGAGGACAGCGACAUCUCCAAGGACGCCAAAAGCCUCAUCUGCGCCUUCCUGACGGACAGGGAAGUGCGAUUGGGACGGAACGGAGUGGACGAGAUAAAGAGACACUCUUUCUUUAAGAACGAUCAGUGGACCUGGGACAACAUCAGAGACACCGCUGCCCCGGUGGUGCCGGAGUUGAGCAGUGAUAUUGAUACGAGUAAUUUUGAUGAUAUUGAGGAGGAUCGAGGAGAGGAGGAGACCUUCCCCAUCCCUAAAGCCUUCGUGGGAAACCAGCUGCCGUUCGUCGGCUUCACGUAUUACAGCGGGAACCAGUCUUCUCGAUGCUCCUCCACGAAAACCAGUGACAAACACGGCAGCACCACGAAAGAAGACAAAAGCCACCUGGAGAACCUGCAGAAGAGGAUCCAUCAGCUGGAGGAGCAGCUGCACGGAGAAAUGCAGCUCAAAGAUGAGAUGGAGCAGAAGUGCAGGGCAUCCAACAUCAAACUGGAUAAGAUGAUGAAAGAGCUGGAUGAAGAGAGUAAUGCGAGGAAGAGUGUGGAGGCCAGUCUGUCUCUGCUGGAGAAAGAUAAGCUGAUGCUGCAGCAUCGAGUCACGGAUCACCAGAGGAAAGCGGAUCAGGAGGCGGAGAAACGGAGGAAUCUGGAGAACGAGGUCUCCUCUCUAAAGGAACAGCUGGAGAACCUGAGGAAGAUCAGCCAGAACACUCAGGCCUCAAGUGAUAAGAUCGCCCAGCUGCAGCACCAGUUGGAGGAGGCGAAUGACCUGCUGCGGGCGGAGUCGGACACGGCGGCGCGUCUGAGGAAGAGUCAGACGGAGAUGGGGAAGGCCAUGAGUCAGCUGGAGGGGCUGAACGGAGAGCUGCAGGAGAAAGUCCGGGCGUCCGACAGCGCCCGACAGCAGCUGGAGAGAGAACUGCUCCAGCUCCAGAACACGCUGGAUACCGAGCGCCGAACCUGCAGCCAGGGCUCCGAGGAGAUACGCCAACUACAGGCUCGUAUGAUGGGUCUGCAGGAGGACAAUAAGAACCUGAGGCUGAGUUUAUCUAAAGUGGAGGCGGAGAGGAAGCAGGCCCAGGAGAGGAGUAACAGUCUGGAGAAGGAGAAGAACAGUCUGGAGAUUGAUCUGAACUAUAAGCUGAAGAUUCUGCAGCAGCGUCUGGAUCAGGAGAUCACGGAGCACCGGGUCAGCCGAGCACAGCUGACCGACAAAUACGAGUCCAUCGAGGAGGCCAAGUCCGCCGCCAUGCACGCGGUGGAGCAAAAGGUGUCUGAGGAAAGCGUGCUGAGGCUGCGGGCGGAGAGCCGGGUGGUGGAGGUGGAGAAGCAGUGCUCCAUGCUGGAGUUUGAUCUGAAGCAGUCGGUGCAGAAGAUGGAGCAGCUGAUGAAGCAGAAGGAGAGGCUGGAGGACGAGGUGAAGGUUCUGCGGGUGCAGCUGGAUCAGGAGUGCAGUAAACGAGCCGUGGCUCAGACGGAUCUGAAGACCCGGACCGGCGAGGUGGAGAGACUGAGGGGUUCUGAGAAGCAGCUGAAGCAGGAAAUCAACACCACCCUGGAGAACAAGCGAUCACUGGAGUUCCAGCUCGCACAGCUCACCAAGCAGUACAGAGGGAAUGAAGGUCAGAUGAGGGAGCUGCAGGAUCAGCUGGAGGCGGAGCAGUAUUUCUCUACGCUGUAUAAAACUCAGGUGAAGGAACUGAAGGAGGAGCUGGAGGAGAGGAACCGGCUGGUGCAGGACGCACAGAAAAAAGUGCAGGAGAUGCACGCAGAAAGGGAUUCUCUGAUGGCGCAGCUGGAUCUGACCGUAACGAAGGCGGAGUCGGAGCAGUUAGCCCGAGCGCUACAGGAGGAGCAGUACUUCGAGCUCAGCCAGGAGAACAAGAAGAGCACGUCCAGACACAAACAGGAGAUCUCAGAGAGAGACUCCACUAUAGCACGGCUUGAGGAUUCCAACAAAACCCUUACCAAAGACGUGGAGACCCUCAGCAGGGAGAAAGCCGAGCUGGACGAGAAGCUCCGAUCUCAGGAGGACGAAUAUUCAGCCCAGAAGGAAGAAAUUUCCAACUCCAUCAAGGCAAAUUACGAGAAGAUACUGAACACAGAGCGAACCCUGAAGACCCAGGCGGUGAAUAAACUGGCUGAGAUCAUGAACAGGAAGGACAUGAAGCUGGACAGGAAGAACCGGGGCAGCACCACGGACCUGAGGAAGAAGGAGAAGGAGAACCGCAAGCUGCAGCUGGAGCUCAACCAGGAGAAGGAGAAGUUCAACCACAUGGCCAUCAAAUACCAGAAGGAGCUGAACGAGAUGCAGGCGCAACUGGUGGAGGAGAGUACGUAUCGUAACGAGCUGCAGAUGCAGCUGGACAGUAAAGAGAGUGAUAUCGAGCAGCUGAGAGAGAAGCUGAACGACCUGCAGCUGCGCAUGGACAACUCCAGCGUUACCAGCCUGCAGCCCGACGAGACGGACAGCAACACCGCCGAAUCCAGACUGGAGGGCUGGCUGUCCAUCCCUAACAGAGCCAACAUCAAGAGAUACGGCUGGAAGAAACAGUAUGUCGUGGUGAGCAGUAAGAAGAUUCUCUUCUAUAAUGAUGAGCAGGAUAAAGAGCAGUCAAACCCCUCCAUGGUGCUGGAUAUAGAUAAACUCUUCCACGUGCGUCCAGUGACACAGGGUGACGUGUAUCGUGCUGAAACGGACGAAAUCCCCAGAAUAUUUCAGAUCCUUUAUGCUAAUGAGGGGGAGUGUAGGAAGGAGGCGGACCUGGAGGCGGUUCCUCAGGGCGAUAAGAACUGUCUGGCCCAUAAAGGUCACGAGUUCAUCCCCACGCUCUACCACUUCCCCUCCAACUGCGAGGCCUGUGCCAAACCGCUGUGGCACGUCUUCAAACCCCCGCCGGCGCUCGAGUGCCGCCGCUGCCACGUCAAGUGCCACAAAGACCACCUGGACCGGAAGGAGGACGUCAUCGCGCCCUGCAAAGUGAACUAUGACGUGACGUCAGCGCGGGACAUGCUCCUGCUGGCCCUGUCUCAGGACGAGCAGAAGAAGUGGAUUGGCCAUUUGGGCAAAAAGAUCCCCAAGACCCCGCCCUCCACCUUCUCCCGCUCCUCCCCCCGCACCAUGUCCACCCGCUCGGUCGUAGCCAAUCAGUCCUUCCGAAAGAACCCCAAAAACAUCACCGGCAAGCCCAGUUAACCACCCGACUCUUCUCUCUGAACCGCGGGACUCAGUUACGACUCUGUAACGUUACAUCUCGGACAAAAAAGAAAAGAAAAACACACACAAAAAUAAAUGCAUAAACCCACACACAAAUACACAAAUACAUACAUACAUUCAAACUAAACCUUUAAAAAAAAAACUUUAAAAAUCAGAAAUAAAAAUGGAAUUAACCCUAAAAGUUACAUCAUUUCAUUGCAUCACCGCUUCACUGAGGACUGAGGCUGCAGUCGAGUGCUGGUGGGUAAAGGGAUCAGGGGGGGGAUGGGUGGGCGCUACUUUUUCUCCUUCUUCUUCUUCUUCUUUUUUUAUUUUUUAUUAUUUUUUUUUUUGGUGGAAUUUUUAUUUUUUAUUUUUUUUAGCUCCCCUCCCCUCCUCCGGCCUGCAGGGGGCGCUCAAACCACCACACCCUCACACCAUCCAUCCUCCACAGCCUGCACAUCAGCGGUGCAGCGCCAACUACGGGACCAAAACCUAAAACCCAAAACCCAAAACCCACACAAGGGAGGCGGUUCAGCGGUUCUGUCCUCUUUCCUCUUUCUGAACCUGAAGGGAGUGUAAUUUUUGGGGGCGGGUCUUCGGGGAGCUUGGUGACUCCUGGGACUGACGUUCGUGCGUUCGAUGCCUUUUAUUCUGAUGGAUCUGUUUCUGUUGGCCUUACGGUUCCUGCGACUCCAGAUCCGGAUCCGGUUCUGGUUCUGGUUCCGGUUCUGGUUCGGGUGUCGAGGAGCUGAGGACUCUCUGGGCAAUAAUUUGGGACGGGUUUGGUUUGGGACGGAGUUCUGGGUACUGAGUAUUAGAUUUCUGUUCUGUUUAUUCAGCUUGUUUUUUUUUUGUUUUUUCAAAGGAGCAUGCAAGAUAUUUACAGUCUAUGCAUAUUAUUAUGAUUAUUAUUAUUAAGAAUAAUAAUAUUAUUAUAGUAAUUAUUAUUCAUUAUUAUUGUUGUUAUUCUCCAAGCCAUUGAGGAACACCAGCGAGGAUUGGCUGAAGGAGAAAAAUGAAAAACAAAGAAAAGCAACAAAAAAAACAAAUUAGAAACUGUUGUUUGUUUGUUUUUUUUGCAUUCAUUUGGGUACAUUAUUAUUAUUGCUAUUAUUGUUAUUGUUGUUAUUAUUUCUGUAAUUGUUCUUGUUUUUUUUUUUGUUUGUUUUUCGUUGUUUUAUCUUCUUUUUUUUUAUCAUUUUUUGUAAUGUAUUGCCUUACCUUUUGAUUCCUAGACGAAUGGUUCAAAAACAAAAAAGGAAGAAAAGAAAAAAAAAGAAACAUUAAGUUAACAAAUGUAAAACUGCACUGUUUGAAUUGUAAGUUAUUUGUAGAAGACUAAACUGGUGUAGCGUUCAGCCCACCUAGUGCCUUACCGUUAACGUUAACGACGACGAUUUUACUGCCAUAUCUGUUCGCGUUCCUCUUCGGGAUGAAAAGAAGAAAUGUAAAAAAAAGAGAGAGAAGAGAAAAGAAAAGAAAAAAGGUAAAUUGUAAAUCUAUUCCUUUUUUUAAGGACAAAAAAACGUGUAUAUCGUCCACGUCCGCGUGGUUUUAUCAGAACGGUCAGUCGCUUCGUUUGGCCGAAAAACAAACAAACACAAAAAAAAACGUCUGCAUUUAACGAUUUUUUUGAUAUUCAAAUGAAGGCAGGGUGUGUAUCAGAGUGUGGAAAGCUGAAAAAAGCUGGAUAUCUAUAUAUUAAAUAUAAUGAGCAAUAAUCAUUUCCUGCGUACAGUUCCCUCACUCUGCGUGUUUUCCUCGCUCUAACUACGUCACCACGUCUGCGUCCGCUGGAGGAGCGACGAUAUUAACGAUAUUAACGAUAUUAAUAACGAUAAUAGCGAUAAUGACGUGAUAAACAGAGGAGUUAGAGCAGGAAAACACAACACAUCUGGGAGAAAUCCCAGCAUUCAUAUCAUCAUCAUCAUCAUCAUCAUCAUCAUCAUUACUGCGUACGAGUCACAGUCGUAACCCCGCCCCCUGAUUAAAGCAGAGUGUGAUUCUGUGUGUAUAUAACAAAUAAACGCCACAAAGAUCAUGAAUACCUCCUCCUCCUCCUCCUCCUCCUCACCUAUCGGAACUGGUUUUAGGUUUUUCGUGUUCAGUUAAAUGAAGCACUGGAACUAAAGAUGAGCGCAUCGUAUUGUUUUGGAUGAUCUGCAUGUUAAACUGCGUCGGAGGCGGCACUGAUGGAUGUGUGUCAAUAAACAUUAUCUUUAUCACCUUA